AUGAUGAUGAUGAAGAAGAUGGAUUGGAAAGGAAGAAUGAUACUAGUGAUUCUCUCUCUAACAGUCAUUUUGUUGACUCUUUGUCUAUGGGAUGACUCUUCUUCUUCAACUUCUUCUUUUUCUUCCACUUUUACAAUGGGAAGAAGAUUACUGCAAAUAGGUAACACCAACUCAACAUCGUCGAAUUUUUUUUCGAGGGUUGAUCCUCUAGACGAUUUUAAGAAAUAUAAAGGGGGUUUUAACAUCACAAACAAGCAUUACUGGAGUUCAACCAUAUUUACAGGCGUAUAUGGGUAUGCAAUUGGGACUGUUUGGCUCUUGUCUGGUUUGAUAUAUGGGUUGUUUCUCUUGGUAGCUCAAUCCUGUUGCAGAACCAAACGAGUCUUGAAGAAGAAGAAAAAACCCUACUGUAACCGGCGGCACUGCUAUGUGUGUUGUAUUCUUAUUGUCUUCUUCACCAUCCUAACAAUUGUAGCGAGUGGGUUAGUGCUGGGUGGAAAUGUUAAGUUUCAUUCGAGGGCGGAAAAGGUGGUGGGCAUUAUAGUUGGAAAGGCAAACACAGCAUCGGAAACCAUUUACAACACAGCCGAAGCAAUGAAGAAUGUGAAUGUCAACUUACAGUUAACCAAUUCGAGUAGUAGACAGGCAUUCAGCUUCAUUGACUCCACUUCUAAACAACUUGAUUCUCAAGCUGCGGAAAUACAGAGACAUGCCAAGAAGAACAGACAUUUGAUCAAUAAAGGCUUGAAGCUAGCAAACAUAUUAACAGUACUAGUGGUGUCACUAAGCAUGGCCGCUCUACUCGCACUUCCAGUUCUUCAACUCUUGAAACUAAGGCGAACGCUUUAUUUAUUGCUCAUUCUCUGCUGGAUGCUGACAGUAAUCAGUUGGUUGUCUUUUGGGGCUUACUUUUCCAUCCACAAGUUUGCAGGAGAUGCAUGCACGGCGUUUGAAGACUUCCAGCAAGAUCCUUAUAAUAACAGCUUGAGUUCAAUUUUACCAUGCGGGGAAUUGCGUUCAGCUAAACAAGUCCUUACAGGCAUCAGCUCCAGGAUUUACAACCUAGUAAAUCAGGUAAAUCUAAACAUAUCACGCUUGCACGGAGAAGAUUUUAUCCAAGUGUGCAAUCCUUUCUCAGCUCCACCAAACUAUCAAUACGAACCAGAUAGUUGUCCGCCAAAAACCAUAAAGAUUGGAGCAAUUCCUGGGAUGCUAAGGGCGUUAACUUGUUCCGAACUAACAAAUGGAAAAUGUUUGGGAGGAUUAGAUAUUUCCAGAAAAGAUUUUCAGACAGUAGAAGCAUAUUCAAGUUCAAUCCAGACCUUACUUGAUGCUUAUCCUGGUAUGGAAAGUUUACUGAAUUGUGAAUCAGUGAAGGAUGCUUUUACUGAAAUCCUUCAGGACCACUGUGAUCCAUUGAAGAGAUAUAUACGGAUGGUAUGGGCAGCAUUGGUGUUUCUCUCAAUAGUGAUGGUGGCAUUGGUUCUAGCAUGGAUAGCCAAAGCACAUCAUGAGAAGAAAAUACAUUUUGCAAAUGCUUCUGUUAAGCCACAUUCUGUCACUGCAAAUGUGCUGGAAUCUGGAAUUGCUAAAUCAACAAAGGAUGAUUAUUUGUUCGAGCCCUAAUUCAAUCAUGUUCAGCUUCGUAGAGAAAAGAGUACACAAAUAUGUGAAGAAAUGGAGCUGACAAGACUAGAAUAGGAGUAGAGACAUGUCAGUGGGAACUUCUAUUGACAAAAUUAAGAACUUUUUAUUAGGCAUUCUGUAGACAGCCUAACAUGAGGGAUGAACCUCUUAAAGAAAAGAAAUAGAUUCCUAGGAAAAUUACAAUUUAUUUAUUAGGUCGAUUUUUUGCAGCUGAAUGGCAUUGUAAAAUAGCCAUGUCUGAUGUAGAAAACCCAGGACCUCUUGGAGGACAUCCAAGAACAAAGAAUUAUUUUUUUAUUCCCCA